AUGAAAAUACUCCUAUUGAUAUUUUCAGCUUGGCCGGGUUUAAUGAAGCCUUUCUGAAAAGAGAUCAAUUUUAUAAACGACGUAUUAGGCCGAGACUGUGUUGAGAUACUCCGAAAAAUGCAGAUAAAAGCCGCUGAAUCUAAAGAAGAACAUCAUCAUCUUAACCCUAUCCGUAAUAAGGUUAUUCUGCUCCAUUACAAAAUAAAGCAAGAUAUGAAUAAUUCAAAUAAAUAUUUAGAAGACGUAUUUUAA